AUGGCGUUCACUCUUAUGACUAAAGAAGUAUUUGAUGAGCUUGAGAAGCGAGGUGUUCUUCAUGGGAAAAGCUUCCCUUUGCCUCGAAGGUUGCACCAUCGUAUCGAAACCCUGCACAGCAUCAACCAGUUCAAGUGGCUAUCUACAGACAUUGUUCAAGAACCUAUUUCCCGCAGGGACCUGCGGGAGAACAGCUGCAUGGCACUUGUGUCAUGCAGGGAUGCCACAAACUCGCAUAUUGUUCCUCGAGGUGAGGAUGUCAUCAUUGGACUAUUUGACGAAAUGAAGCAUAUGUACUUUGGGCUUAAUGCUUCGAACCCGAGAGGGGGGUGGACUUCGCUGCCAAACGUGCGCCAUUUGAUGUUGCCGCAGUAA